GUGUGUGUGUGUGUGUGUGUAUAUCUGUCAGGAAAAUCAGCCUAAAAUGGACGGUCUUCCAGUAUAGGCAGCAAAAUUUGAUUUGUAAAGGAAUCCCGAUUAGUAAAUUGGCAGCUAGCCUUUUAAGUAAGGAAAAGAUCAUUUAAAAGUCUCUAGAAGGUGAUCUUCCAAAUCCCCACCUAUGAGAAGCGGAGCUGUGAAUUAGGUUUGUACAGUGGCGUAGGGAUCGGGGAGUUGUGAGGUUUACAAUGUUUAUGUUGUUUUUAGACUUUUGUGCGCCGUAACACGACCAUAACAUUGAAUGUGUGAGCUGCGUUGUUGUUAGUCGAUAGGUGAAAGCUCGGCUUUUCUCCCCCCUCCCCCCCAGUAAAAUGAGAAGUGAGUGCUCUCAAUACUAUUAGCCUAUUGUGACACACUUUACUACAACUUGGAUAGUCUGUGCCAAACCUCUCCCAGAUCUGCAAAGUGCUGAGCACAGCAAGUCUAGAACAAUAGGGCUGGAACAGGGAGCACUGCCAGUUCACUCACCAGAGAAUCACUGCAGUCACUGGAACCACAGCAGGCGCUGUUCACAUUUCAGCACAGCCUCUCCUUUUAAUGACCUGGAAAAUCAGACUAUUAAUAUUUCAUGACUGCUGAUGCAAGCCUUAAGGAUACAGACCCAAGCCAACUUCAGACUUUUACGCCGAGGAUUGUUUAGAGCAGAAGAUGCAAAAUGCGCUCGCUGGGCUUCUAAAUCAGAAGUUUGAUGUAGAAGAGGAGCGUAUGGAGAGCGCUGUGCAGGAUUUCUCUUCAUCAGGCUGAGAUAAAAAGACCAAAUGGCCAAACAACCACCGGUGCUAAACUCGGAGUGCACUGACGCAGGAGAUCAGAUACAGCCAAACAGACGCACUCCGCACCGACCUCCCCGAAUAGAGGCUCUAACAUCAGUUGUCGGCCCUUCACCAGGACACCAAUCUGAUGAGGGAGGGAGCUCUUCGGCUAGUACACCUUACAGCCCAAAUUUAUAUGCCAACCGAUCCCCACAGUGUAUACUGGUAAGAAGACCAUCCCCUUUUUCAAGAACUUCUAGUGGUUACUUCUCAUUUGAAGUGAGUCCUGCACCUGUGUACUGUGAUAAAUCCACCCAGACGCCAAGCCUUCCGUGCCAGGCCUUCAACCAUUAUUUAUCUGCAAUGGCUGCCAGAAAUCCUAAUAUUGUAGACUUGCGGCCAGAAAUCUGGAUUGCACGUGAACUCCGCCGUAUUGGAGAUGAGUUUGAUGCCAUCUAUAACCCAAGAAGGGUUCUUUUGAAUAAUCGGCACAGGGGUGUGGAGAACGACCAAGUUAUUAUCUUGCGUGUGCUACGUUAUAUAAUUCGACUUAUCUGGAGAAUGCAAUGACUUGUAGCUUUGUGCUAUGAAGAACAAAUGAACUUCUGCCUAAAUGAAGGAUUCCAGCACACAGCCUUUGGCACAUAAUGGUGUUCUAUGCAACUCCUAUCUUCAUCCUAGAAAGAUGAGGCUACGUAGAGCCAUUUGGACUCUGCAGGUACACCUAGAAAUAGGUGAAAGAGACUAAGACCUGCAAAUAGGAUGGCUUUUUAUGACGUUUUUAUAACCUAUAUAAAUGUUAUAUUUUAUGUAUAUAAGAAAAAAAUAUCUACUGAAAUAUGCAUCCAACUCCAAAGACCUGUGGAUAUUUUGAUAACUGAGCCUUUGGAUUGACACAGCUGCCUUACCUUGUACAAAGACUAAUGUGAGAUGGUGGCAUGAUGGCACAGACAUUUUCUGUGUUUUCAGGACAGACAAUUAAAGUGCCAGAUUUGGUGCUUGUGAUCUUCCAGUUAUUCAAUUCUAUGUUGUCAGAACUUGUCUGGAGACAGAACAGUCCUGUUGCUUUUGGGAUGGAUGCCUUUUAUCGACUCUGGAUCUGGACAUUGCCCAGUCUUCUGAAGGAAUAUGCCUAGCUUUCCCAAAACGUCACUCCCCCCCCCCCCCCUGUAUAUGCACCACCCUGCUAAAUUGCAUCGUUUUACAUAACUUGCGGUUUUAGUGCAAAACACAUUUUGAUCCAGUGCUGUAGUUCCAUCUUAAUUUUACAUAGAAAAGUAUGUAUUUAGACAAUGCCCUGUAGCGUUGGACAGGGCUCUUGGCUAUGUUCAUGGGACCAGCAGCUUUUGAAAUGGCCAUCAAGGACCACUAUUUAAAUAAUACAUUCACAUAUAAAAGAGCUCUCUACCCCCCCAAAGGUAAAUUACUUUAUUACUUUGUUAUGGUAACCAAACUGACUUAAUGUAUGCAACAAUGUCAAACCAAAUACUGGUGUGCAUAUAACCUCAAUCCACUCAGGUUAUAUUAAGGACAUGAGACCCUUUAGAGUAGAUUCAUAGCAACUCUUUUAUAUAAUGAGAUUAUCAUUUAGAUUUGGUGGUUCUUUAUACCAUUUUGUUAUCCCUUUUUAAAAUAACUUUUUUUUUUA